AUGUUUACCCGACACGUUUGCUUGAUCGCGGCAACUCUGCUACUGGCACUCAGUCUUGAGGGUUGUGGGGGAUGCGGAGGUUGCUGCUGUAGUGGCAUGUGCGGCUGCGAAGAGCCCAAGCUUAGCCAACCUGAGAAGACUUCGGAACUGAGGGACAGAGUUCUCAGACAUCAGCAGAAAAUGGAGAUACUCAAGCGCGAGGUGGAGGCGAUCGAUUGUGACUGUGAUGAUAAGAAGACUGGUGAAGCGGAGAUGCCCAAGACUACGGAAAAGACGACCGCAUCGCCGCCCACGCCGAAGAAGCAGAACCACAACGGUCGUGUGCGUAUCUCAGACAGUGUGAAGUUGGAACCACCAUCUGAAUCAAUCGCGAUAUAG